UCGUGAGAAUUGGCAGACUGGGCAGCGAGUUGGCAACGUGUGAGAGGAGGUGACCCUUGGUGAACCACAACAAUCGGGUAGGGCAGUAAUAAAGUGCAUGUAAGUGAGCUGAGUGCACGUGACAGAUAAGAUCAAGGUCUGUACGCGGAGUGCGUCCGUGUCUUAAAACUUCCUAUAGGGGAGGCGCAGCGUCUCUCAUCGCCCGCCUGUUGGUGUCUCCUGCUGUCCGGGGUGGUUUUGUCUCGGUGAUUUACCCUCAAACCACUUAAACAUGCGAUUCCUUUUUAGUUUUAAGUUGAGUGAUACGUAAAGUUUACGCUGAGACUCGGAGGAAGAUUUGUGCGUUUUUGUGCCGGCCUUGACGGACGCCCGACAGCUGCAGGAGCUCCUCCGUCCUCCCUCCAAAAACACAGACGGUGGUUCAUCGUGCAGAGUUGUUGACCCCGGUGUGAAGACAUCUGUGGAGGUUGUCCUUUUUAAGUGUCAUCAGUCCGCAGUGCACAGAGAGGUUACCUGCGCCCUGUAUGAAGAUGAACAUUGUGCCGGAGCUCGAUGGAUUAUUCCGCCAGAAUGACACCUAUGACUACCAGGACUAUGAGUACCCAGAGGACUUUGAGCAAAGUGCCAGUGAAGCGGUGUUGAUCCCGCUUCUGUACUCUGCAGAGCUGGUCAUAGGUCUGCUGGGGAAUGGACUACUCCUGGCCGUUCUGGCUCAGAGGAGGCGAUCCUGGAGGAUGUCAGACACCUUCAUCCUCCACCUGAGUGUCGCGGACAUCCUGCUCCUGCUCACGCUGCCCUUCUGGGCUGCACAGGCCGCUCAGCAAGGUGGAUGGUGCUUUGGCGUGGUCUUCUGCAAGAUCUGUGUGGCUGUUUUUAAUAUCAACUUCUACUGUGGGAUCUUUCUGCUGGUUUGCAUAAGCGUAGAUUGCUACCUGUCCAUCGUCCACGCCAGUCGGCUGUACUCCCAUGAUAACCCCAGGUUAGCUCAUAUCAGCUGCCUGUCGGUCUGGAUCGUCUCCUUGAUCCUCACACUGCCGUGGUGUAUUUUCCUGGUGGAGACGAAAGAAACGACACAGGAGAGAACACUGUGUGAUCGCAGCUACUCUGAGCCAGUAACUCAUGGGAAGCUGGCCGCACGCUUGCUCCAUCACACGCUGGGCUUCCUGCUGCCUGCAGGCGCCCUGAUCAUCGUCUGCUCCUGUAUCCUGCUGCGGCUGCAGCGCAGCUCUAAAGGCGUCCAGAAGCAGAAGGCCAUCAUGGUCAUCCUGCCCCUGGUAGUUGUCUUCCUACUAUGCUGGGUGCCAUACAACUUCGCACUCAUUGUGGACACCUUCAGGAGCAGGUCCAAAGAACCUGGUGAUGUUUCAUCUGGUAAUCACGAGCACUCCAUGGAGAGAGCUCUGAUGGUCACAUCUGGGCUGGGCUUCCUGCACGCCUGCCUCAGACCCCUGCUCUAUCUCAGCCUGUGUGGAAACUUCAGGAAUCGGACGCUGGCCAUGUUGAAACGAGCUACAGUUGAAUCAGAGGGCUCACUAUGGGAGCUGGGUGUGGGCGAAGCGACUGUGCCUGACCAGAAGCAUGCGGGGGAAGAGAUGAAACAGAUGAUAGCUGUAGAUCAAGUGCCGUCACCUCAGUGCUGAUCGGUGGACAGAAAUGCCGCCCUCUGACUCAUAAGUGACCUGAAUAAUGCUCCACCCCUGCUGCUGGGGAAUUUAGUGUGAAAUCAUAUCAUGGGUUCAAGGGAAGAUGACAUAAUGUUGAGAAACAGAUAUUUAUAAAAAUGAGUCUUUCACAUUGCACUUUAAUGUGAAGGUUUCCGAGCCAAGUCAUGAUGACGUACACAUAGUGUUGUACUUUUAUUUGUAAUCACUGUAGCUUGUCACGCUCAAUCAUUAGUUCUUAAUUCAAUUGUAGAUAUCUGUAUUUUUAUUGUGUAUUAUUAUUAUUGUUAUUAUUAUUGAAAGCAAACUAUUUUUACAUUAUUUUAUUUUUUAGUGAGAGAAUUGUGUCUGUGAACAUGUGAACAGUUUUAAACUGCUGCACAAUCAUCAUAAAGCUAAUGUCAUAGUGGUUGGAACUGUUGGGAAUAUAAGCUCUUGUUGAAACAGUAUAUUUACAGUAUAAUAAUAUCCUGUAAUUGUGAUCUGCCAUUAAAAAGCCCGACAGUUCAUAACUUCACUGCUGAUAACACAAACUGUUUCACUUUCCAUGUUACCCUGUUAUCUUCAGGCAGUAAAGACUGUGUGGAUUCCA